AUGAGGAAGAUUCUGGGGCGGAAUACGCUGCGAAAGGUGCGGGUCAAGAUCCGAGGCGACAAAGACCAUCCCUUUGAAAUGCAUGAUGCCAAGACAGGGAUGCGGCCGGUGUCGAUGCACUGGGACCUGAAGGAGGAACUGACGAAGAUGUGGCAGAAGCCCAUCUCUAGCCUUCCCGUUCACGGCGACUUGCCCCGUCUGUGCGACCGAACAACACUCGAGAUCAAGCGCACAGACUUCAGGGAUCUGCCCAGCGAAGAGGAGAAGAAGAGGGGCGAAACGAGCGAGUGGAAGAGCGGCGGAUCGGUCUACGGCGAUCGACAGGAGUUGGUGGGCAAGCGAAGCAGCGUCUACGGGGGCGUCACGGAGGGUGAGGACGAGAUCGAAGAGAUCUAUUUCGACGCCUCAACCACGUGGUAUGUCUCCGUGUGCAUGAACGUGCCCAACGAAGCCGAGAAGAUGCGAUUGGCCUCGGUGUGGCCACCAGCCGAAAUCAACGGCUUGGUCUCGCUCGUGUUGAAUUCUGUCCGAGGCACAGCCAUGCUCUACCUCUACGACCAGGAUGCCGAAUGUAUGAUAGUGGAAAAACAAGACGCGGCCAUCCUGGUACCGACCAAGGAUUCGAUGCGCUACUUCGCCAUCCCCGAGGAGGAGGGUUCGUGGGGGUUCGCUUUCUACUCGCGCGAAGACAGCGCAGCAUUCCAGAAAUGCCUGAACGAUUGGAAGCAGGAACGAGAGGAGAUGGUGCAGAAGGUCGGGGGCUCCCUGCCCUCGCGGCCAUCCACA